CGGCCCGCCGGGGCGGGGCGGGGUCCGGCGGCAGGGCCGGGGGCCGAGGGCGGCCGACGGGGACCCGCCCGGCCGGCUGCCCCAUGCCUUGCCUCGCCCAGCAGCCCGGCCGGCCGGGAGGGAUGCGCUGUGCCUCCCAGCUCCCCUGCACCCUGCCCGUGCCCUGAAGCAGAAAGUUUGGGGGCCGGGGGCUGCCUUCCCUCUCCGGCUGCAAUGACUGUCCCAGGACUCCAGCUGUCAAGCCUCGACCAUGACCUGCCUCUGCUCCCCAGGUCGUAAUGAACUAUUCUAAGCUGUCACCAAGGAUCCCCUUCUUUGCCCCUCCCUCACCCUCUUGUAAAAAGAUUUAUUUUUAAAUUCAAGAAAUUGUGAUCAGCCGAGUCCGCUCCUCGUUAAUAAUUUAGACCCCGGGCCGCGUUUCUGAGUAUAAGAGAGGGUGCGGCCCCCCCGCCCCCCGCCAAGACGGCGCGCUGGAAGGACAGAUUCCCCUUGCCGACUCACAUACACCAUGAAGAGGUGCAAAUCGGACGACCUGCAGCAACAGCAGGGCGAGGAGGAUGGGGCCGGGCUGGAAGAUGCCGCUUGCCACCUGCUGGGCGCGGACCUCCGGCCUGGCGAGGCCACGGGUGCUAACUCUGCCGGCGGGCCAACUUCAGAUGUGGGCGCUGCCGCGGCACCCAACCCGGGUCCCCGAAGCAAGCCUCCUGAUUUAAAGAAAAUCCAGCAGCUCUCAGAGGGCUCCAUGUUCGGCCACGGCCUGAAGCACCUGUUCCAUAGCCGCCGCCGGUCGAGGGAAAGAGAGCACCAGACGUCUCAGGAUUCGCAGCAGCAGCAGGGCAUGUCUGACCAUGACUCCCCGGACGAGAAGGAGCGUUCCCCAGAGAUGCACCGCGUCUCCUACGCCAUGUCUUUGCACGACCUGCCCGCCCGGCCCACCGCCUUCAACCGCGUGCUGCAGCAGAUCCGCUCCCGGCCCUCCAUCAAGCGGGGCGCCAGCCUGCACAGCAGCAGCGGGGGCGGGGGCAGCAGCGGGGGCGGCAGCCGGCGCACCAAGAGCAGCUCCCUGGAGCCCCAGCGUGGCAGCCCCCAUCUGCUGCGCAAGGCCCCCCAGGACAGCAGCCUGGCUGCCAUCCUGCACCAGCACCAGUGCCGCCCCCGCUCCUCCUCCACAACCGACACGGCCCUGCUGCUGGCUGAUGCUAGCAGCGUGCACCUCCUGGCCGAGGAGGCUGAGGGUGUGAGCGACAAGGUUGACAAGGGAGACCUCGUGGCCCUGAGCCUCCCCGGCGGCCCCGGCCAUGGGGACACCGAUGGCCCCAUCAGCCUGGACGUGCCAGACGGGGCCCCAGACCCCCAGCGGACCAAGGCCGCCAUCGACCACCUGCACCAGAAGAUCCUCAAGAUCACUGAGCAGAUCAAGAUCGAGCAGGAGGCCCGGGAUGACAACGUGGCGGAGUACCUGAAGCUGGCCAACAACGCGGACAAACAGCAGGUGUCACGCAUCAAGCAGGUAUUCGAGAAGAAGAACCAGAAGUCGGCCCAGACCAUCGCCCAGCUGCACAAGAAGCUGGAGCACUACCGCCGGCGCCUGAAGGAGAUUGAGCAGAACGGGCCCUCGCGGCAGCCCAAGGACGUGCUGCGGGACAUGCAGCAGGGGCUGAAGGACGUGGGCGCCAACGUGCGCGCGGGCAUCAGCGGCUUUGGGGGUGGCGUGGUGGAGGGCGUCAAGGGCAGCCUCUCAGGCCUCUCGCAGGCCACCCACACCGCCGUGGUGUCCAAGCCCCGGGAGUUUGCCAGCCUCAUCCGCAACAAGUUCGGCAGCGCCGACAACAUUGCCCACCUGAAGGACCCCCUGGAGGAUGGGCCCCCCGAGGAGGCGGCCCGGGCGCUGAGCGGCAGCGCCACGCUCGUGUCGAGCCCCAAGUACGGCAGCGACGACGAGUGCUCAAGCGCCAGUGCCAGUUCGGCAGGGGCGGGCAGCAACUCCGGGGCUGGGCCCGCCGGGGCGCUGGGGAGCCCCAAGUCGAACACACUGUAUGGGGCCCCAGGAAACCUGGACACUCUGCUGGAAGAGCUGCGGGAGAUCAAGGAGGGACAGUCGCACCUGGAGGACUCGAUGGAGGACCUGAAGGCUCAGCUGCAGAGGGACUACACCUACGUGACCCAGUGCCUACAAGAGGAGCGCUACAGGUACGAGCGGCUGGAGGAGCAGCUCAAUGACCUGACCGAGCUUCACCAGAACGAGAUGACCAACCUGAAGCAGGAGCUGGCCAGCAUGGAGGAGAAGGUGGCCUACCAGUCCUACGAGAGGGCUCGGGACAUCCAGGAGGCCGUGGAGUCCUGCCUGACCCGGGUCACCAAGCUGGAGCUGCAGCAGCAGCAGCAGGUGGUGCAGCUGGAGGGCGUGGAGAACGCCAACGCGCGGGCGCUGCUGGGCAAGCUCAUCAACGUGAUCCUGGCCCUCAUGGCCGUGCUGCUGGUCUUCGUCUCCACCGUCGCCAACUUCAUCACGCCCCUCAUGAAGACGCGGCUACGCAUCGCCAGCACCGCCCUCCUGGUCCUCGUGCUCUUCCUCCUCUGGAAGCACCGGGACUCCCUCGCCUACCUCCUGGAGCAGGGGCUGCUGCCCGGCUGAAGGGCCAGCCCGCCCUCCCCACGCUGCCCCGGCCCCCGGGUGGCCACACUUCUCCAGGAGGGACCCUGGGACUCCGAGGCCCUUGGACUUCAUGUGUCUGGGUCGGCCUGUUGCCCAAACUGUCCAUUCCAGCAGCUCCUGCCCCCUUCUCUGUUCUUGCUCCUGCCUGAUGCCUUCUCCCUGUUGGCCUAAAGGGAGCCUCGAGGGCAGCCCUGGCUGGAGACAGUGGGGACAUCUGUGACCAAAUGGAGCAGAGAAGGACACCAGGACGGACUCUUUUGAUUAUUUACAGUUACACAAGGAUUUGUCCCAGCCGACUGGGGACGCCAUGGGUCAGGAAGGCCACUGAGAAUAGCGGCAGGAGAGGGCCAUGGUUCUACCCUCCUAGGGAAAAGCCUACCUGGGAGGCCGCUAGGGUUCCCCCCUGUGGAAAUGGGCACGAGGGCGAGGGGAGGGGCGCCUGCUGGGCCAGAAAGCAGGCUCAGCCUUACCCCUCUCUCCUCCAGAGCCCUUCGGAGGCUGGGUUCUGGGCUGGGCCUCUCUAGGGUCUGAAGGACCCUCUGGAGGCCAGGUGGAACGUGGCUUUGAACUUGUGUUUUCCCUGUUGUUCUUUCUGCCUGUUCCUGGAUCUGCUCUUUUCAGGGAAACAGGUCCCAGGGCCCCUGAGCCUAAGCCCUUAGACGUCUGGGAGCACAUUGGGUUCUAUUUAUUUAUUUAUUUGGUCCUAUGUACCUUACUCCUCCUGAGCUUCAGGGAGAGGGCCCUCCCUGCCCCCCACCCUCUGAAGCCAGGGCUGGUUUUGGCUGUCAGGCCCUCCCCGACCACUUCGCCUCUGAGUAAUCCUGGCUGGGAGAACUGGGCCAAAGCCGCCAACCCCAAAGCAGCCCCUCAGCCAGGGCAGGAGGAGUGGAGCCUCUUUUAUACAUGUGUUUGUUUUGUGCGUGUGUAUUUGUGUGGAGGAGGUCGUUGCUUUAUUUUUUUAAGGCUCUGGAGUGUUGUGUAUGAGUUAUCUGUACAUCCCAGCCUCCCCGUGGGCACUUCCAAGAAGAGAGGGGGUUUCUCAGAAUAAGAGAGAGAAAUCCCCUAGAACAGGGGAGGGAAGUGCCUGUCAGCUAUUGUGGACCAUCCCGAGAAAUAAAUAUCCUCUACAUUUUCAAACCA